GAAAUAUUUGCUGACUAAUCUCAAGUCCCCACAUUUUCUGUGGGUUUGGUGUCUCGUUCAAAUUGAUAUUCGGAUUUCAACAUCAUCAGAACCUCAAUUCUUUCCUCAAUAUUGACAUCAUGGCUGUGAAAAACGGACCCGGAGGUAUCAGCAGUGACCCAAAUGUUAACUCAACAUUGGGAGACAUAGAAAAAUGGAUCAAGAACAGAGAUUCAAGCAAGAACAACAACUUAGUCGCCGCAGUGGUGGGAUGUGGAAACAUGGGUAGUUCUAUCCUUACUGGUAUUCUUGCUGCCAAUUCACUGCCAGAUGCAAGGGAUAACACACCAGUUUCACAUAUAAUUGCUUGUACCAAGUCAGAAGCUUCAGCUUCCAGAGUAUACUCGGCAUCAAAAGAAUCCAAGGCUGCAGACAGACUCGCCGUCUUCUAUGAUAACAACUUAAAAGCUUUUCAAUUGGCUGAUGUUAUCAUUCUGGCAUGCAAGCCAUAUAUGGCCGAGGAAGUUCUCGGAGCUCCUGGUGUUGGUGAUGCUUUAACAAACAAACUUGUCAUCUCAGUCUUGGCAGGAUCGACAACUGAGCAGUUGAAGGAGUUUGCGUUCAAAGGUAGCUCAGAGACAAAAGGGUGCGCAUUUGUUAGAAGCAUGCCAAAUCUUGGUGCACAAAUCAAGGAAUCAUCAACCGUUAUCUCAACUGGAUCGGAAACUAUUUCUCCAAAAUACGAAGAGGCUAUGAAAUGGAUCUUUCAAAGUAUUGGAAAAUACACGUAUGUACCCGACAAUGUAUUCCAAGUUGCAGGUGUCCUUGCUGGUUGCACUCCAGCAUGGUUCCUCACUGCCUUUGAUGGAAUCCUCGACGGUGCUGUUUCCGAAGGAAUGAGACGAGAUACCGCCACUGAAAUUUUGGCUGGUUCUAUGCUUGCAGCCGCGAAGUUAAUACAGAAUGGUGAACACCCUGCUGUUCUGAGAGAGAAGGUUUCAUCUCCCAAGGGUACCACAAUUCAAGGUCUUAAAACUAUUGAGAAAGGCGGUGUCCGAUCAACAUACUGUGAUGCAACCAUUGAUUCGGUUCAACACGGAUUGAAUAUGGGCAAGAAGUAAAUACUUUCUUGUCUUUGUUGGGGACUGGUUUGACGCUUGAUGAUCCGACACGAUAUUUUACUUGAGAUUGGACGCCUUGAAGCACUCAUGCCAUUUAUUUCUUGCUCUACUUUUCACUGAACGAAGAUAUAAAUCCGAUAAAAGGAGCUCGGUCUUCGGGUAGAAUAGAACAUCGUCUAAAUAAGCUAAAUUUUUAUCGAAGUUUUUACCGACCUAGAUAUAGUUCCUCGGAUAUUUUCUUCUGAUUUAUGACACUAAUAUUCUAGGGGCG